UCUAAUUUGUGAACCAAGUUCAAACUGUCAUCGUCAAACGUCAGGCAACUGGAAACUAAGGCACAAGGAAAGACAAGGAAGUCAAUAUUGUAACGAAACUCUCGAAAUUAUCAGCAAGCCAAAAUGGAUCCCCACAGUGCUGACAACUGCAAGUGCCACAAGCAAACUCAACCGGCACAACAGACGCUCAGCGACAUGGAUUUUGAUCGGGGCAUCUGGAAUGCAGCAAUUUAUAACGAGGUGGAGCGUGUUAGGGAGUUUAUCAAGAAGGGCCAGUCAAUGGCUCGGGAUGACUGCGAUUAUACGGCUUUGCAUUAUGCGGCCCGCAAUGGCAACGAGCCAAUCUGUAAGCUACUUCUCGAUGAAGGCAAGGCAGAUGUUAAUGCUGUUACCAAGGCAGGUGCCACCUCCCUGCAUCGCGCAGCUAUGAUGGGUCACUUGGAAAUUGUAAAGCUACUGGCAGAUCACAAGGCGAAUCUUCUUCUGCAGGACGAGUGCGGACAGAGUGCUCUGCACCGAGCAGCGAUGAGGGGCCAUUUGGAGGUGUGUCGCUUUCUGCUGAAGAAGGAACCGGCACUCAAACUGAUCAAGGAUAAAAAGGAUAAAAUUGCAUUUGAGUACAUCAUGGAAAACGCUAAUGAUGACUUUAAGCUACUAUUAAAGCCCUAGAAGAGCUUGUCAUUCCCCUACCGUUCAAGAGAAAUGUAUUUUUUAUAUUUUAAGCACUAAAAUGUUUUCUUUUAAAACUUUUAUUUCGUUUAUUAAGUCUGUUAACAACUUUUCUAUAAAAUUGCACUCAAUGUCGUUGUAAAAUCCUAAUUUAAAAAUUGAAUAUGUCCCUUCUUCAGUUUACAUUGUGUGAGAGAUCGAUUGUUUAUGGAAAAGUAAUCUUAACGAUGGCGUAGUCAAAUAACCUAGUUGAUAUACCAUUAAAUCAUUUACAUAGACUAUAUACAUGCCUACUAAACAUUAAAUGUGCAAGUAAUUUAGACAAAGAAUGAAAACUCUGUGCCCCAAAGGAUGUACACGCAGAAAACACUUUUAAACGUAUGAAAUUUGUGUGAAAAUUCUGUUUGAAAUUUAAAAUGCGUAAGAAAAUUAAUAUCACAUUAGAGUCGUGUAACGAAGGUGUUAAUCAUUUUUGGUGUUUCCGAAAUAUGGAAAGUAUUAUAAAGUCCUAACACAUACUUUACACAACCUUCCUACACACUCGUCGCCAAUAUACAAAACCAAUAUGCUAAAUACCAUAUAUCCAUACAUAUAAAACCUAUAUAAUCUGAAUAAAUCCCUAAAGCGAAAUCAA